CAGCCCACGGCGCGCACGAGGGGUUCCUGCGUGGGCCUGUGUUUCUCGGGCCGCUGCCGCGCGCUGCGUCGCCAUGAGCCUGCCCCUCAACCCCAAGCCUUUCCUGAACGGGCUGACGGGGAAGCCGGUGAUGGUGAAGCUGAAGUGGGGGAUGGAGUACAAGGGCUACCUCGUCUCCGUCGACGGCUACAUGAACAUGCAGCUUGCAAACACAGAGGAGUAUAUAGACGGUGCGUUGUCUGGACACCUGGGUGAAGUUUUGAUAAGGUGCAAUAAUGUUUUGUACAUCAGAGGUGUGGAAGAAGAGGAAGAAGAUGGCGAAAUGAGAGAAUAGGUGUUUUGUAUAUCUGGAAAUAAACUUUUUUCUUUUUUUUUGUUUUUCCAUAGUUUUGUAAUAACGUGUUUACUUUUUUUCCAUUGUAUUUUAAUACGGGGGAAGUUAACUUUAAAAAGGUCUCUAAUCUUUUAUUGGUGUCCAAAAAACUAAUGCUGGAGGAAUAGGCAAUUAUUUCAAAUUAAAACUGAAAAUACUAGAAUGAAAAGUGACUAUUUAAAAAUAAACAAACAACCCCCCUCCAACUUUUAAGUAUUACUAGUAUCAAC